AUGUCCCCCUACUUUUCUACCAUCUUGCCUUUCCGUCUCACCAUGUAUUCCUUGUGUCUGCCCCUCCAGGACAUGUAUAAAAUGAGUGGUACCAGUACUGUCCCUAUGGGUCAAGUGGCAAGGUGGUCACCUUUGCUCCAGUCAGAUGUUACAACUGAAGUAAAGUCUGUUGAAAUGUACCAUGAAGCUUUGAGAAAAGCUCUUCCUGGGGAAAAUGUGGGCUUCAUUGUCAAGAAUGUGUCUGUCAAAGAUGUUCAUCCUGGCAAUGUGGCUGGCAACAGUAAAAAUGACUCACUGUUGAAAGCAGCUGUCUUCACAGGUCAAGUGAUUAUAUUGAACCAUCCAGGUCAAAUCAGUGCUGGAUAUGCACCUGUGCUGGAUUAUCACAGAGCUCAUAUUUGCAGGUCUCUUGGGCUGAAGGAGAAGAUUGAUCAUUAUUCUAGGGAAAAGAUGCAAGUCCCCAAAUUCUUGGAAUCUGGUUAUGGUGCCGGGGUUGGUAUGGUUCCUGGCAAGUCCAUGUAUGUUGAGAGCUUCUCUGACUAUCCUCUUCUGAGCCAUUUUGCUGUUUGUGACAUUAGAUUGAUGGUUGCCAUGGGUCUCAUCAAAGCAGUGGACAAGGAGGCAGCUGGAGCUGGCAAGGUCAUCAAGUCUGCCCAGAAAGCUUAG